AUGGAACCUCUUAGUGAAGAAGACUCAAGAAAAUUGUUUUUUGGUAGGAUAUUUUGCUCUGAAGAAGCUUCUCCAGGUCAACUCAGAGAUGUUUCAGUUGAGAUUCUCAAGAAGUGUGGUGGUUUGACACUUGCAAUCAUUAGCAUAUCCAGCCUAUUGGCAAGUGAUCGUUCCAACCAAAAGGAGAGGUGGAAACAUGUACUGAAUUCAUUGGGGUCAGUGUCAGGCACAAAUCUUACCUUGGAAGCAAUGAGACAGAUCUUGAACCUUAGCUACAAAAAUCUUCCUCACCACCUCAAGACAUGCUUCUUGUAUCUUGGUAUGUUUCUGGAGGACUCUGAAAUAUAUAGGCACGAGUUGGUAAGCCUAUGGGUUUCUGAAGGCUUUGUUAGUAAAGCACAUGGACAAAAUCCAAAACAGAUUGCGAUAAGUUAUUUUAAUGAGCUUGUCAACAUGAGUCUUAUUCAACCUGUACAGAUUGACAUGCAUGGGUCAGUGUUAACUUGCAAAGUACACGAUAUGUUGUUGGAUCUUAUCCUGUACAAAUCUGCGGAAGAGAAUUUUAUCACUGUAGUAGACAACCCAGAGGCCAUUACAGGACAGCUUCAAAAGCCCCGUCGGAUGCUCUUCAACUUGGAUGGUGCAACAUUGCCAAGGGACGUUAAUAUGUCACAAGUGCGAUCAUUUGCAAACUGGAGAGGCUCCACGAAUAUACCUUCAUUGGCAGAAUUCAAGUAUCUUCGAGUUUUUAUUGCUGACUUCAGUUCUAGUUCUGUUGAUGGCAACCGGAAAAUCGACCUGACAGGAUUGUGCAAGUUAUAUCAGCUGCGACAUAUACAGAUUGAAGGCUGUGAUAACUGCCAGCUACCAACGCAGAUUAGAGGGCUACAAAAGUUGGAAACAUUUGAUAUAGAUGGGUCCUGUAUCCCAAUGGAUAUUUUUCAGCUGCCGUGUUUGUUGUCAAUGCAUAUUUUUCACCUGCCGUGUUUGUUGCCUGAGGGCAUCGGUAAAAUGACAUGCCUACAGCGUCUGAGAUGGUUUGACACGCUGCACACCUCAAUCAACAGUAUCAAGGGCCUAGGAGAGCUCACUAAUCUGAGACUUCUGUACCUCAGAACCGAUUUUUCUGAAAAUGUGGACAUGGAUGUUCUAAACUCUUCUUUGGGGAAACUUUGUAACCUCGACUCCCUGAAUGUAUUUUCACCUGAUUCUUGGAUACCUGAGGCACUAACCUUGUCGCCUCCUCCCCCCAACCUCAUGGGACUCUCCAUGAUGCGAAUAUCCCGGGCCCCAAGCUGGAUUGGGGAACUCCAUAACCUCCAGAGCUUGCAUAUCACUGUUGAUAAGUUAGACAAGGAUGAUGUUGGUAUUCUCGCGGAGUUACCCGCCCUCAUGGACCUAGAAUUAACGUUCAAUAGAGCCCUGGAAGAAACAAUUGUCAUCUAUGGGACAUCAUUCGCAAUCCUGAAGCGGUUUGUUGUCUACUGGACUGUCAUGCCACAACUGACCUUCCAAGCCGGAGCAAUGCCUAAGCUCCAGAGCCUCUCUCUACCUUUGAACGCCAGGGGGUGGAAGAAGGACGACAGCACCACGCCUACAGGCAUCGAGCACUUGUUAGCACUUGAAAGAAUCUCUGUGGGGAUUGGGAGUGAGACUGAAUCUGAACAGAGAAGCGCAGAGUCAGCCAUUAGGAGCGCUAUGAACAUGCAUCCUGGCCAUGCUCACAUGUCGAUUCUUUUCUAUGGAGCAACAAGAUGA